AAUCGACUCGCGCUGUAAACAAUCGACGUCACUAACCAACGUAGAUGAAAAUUUCUUAGUACGUCGCGAGUAAAACGUGCAUUAAAUGCAAUAAAAGGGCAGCUGGCUAAGGAUCGGAACGAUUAAAGUCAGCCAACCUCAGAGGGGUGAGCAACCGAGGCAGUGAAUCCGCGAAUCCGUGCAUCCGGCUGACCAAAGGGCGAGAUUAGCGCAGCACCGAGUUUCCAUCCGCACACGGACACGGCGCACACACACACAGGCACACGCAGCCCGUGCCCAUCGAUGAAAUAACAUACAUAACGAACGUAUACCGAAAAUACACGGGCUACGGGAAAUAGCAGUUGCUGCAAUCGGCGGAUAAGCGAAAUUCGGGAAGCGGAGCAAGCGGGCCCACAAAGAUGUCGGAUAUCAUGAACAUCGACAGUAUCAUCUCGCGCCUGCUGGAGGUGCGCGGCGCACGACCGGGAAAAAAUGUGCAGCUAUCAGAGAGCGAGAUCCGCAGCCUGUGCCUCAAGUCCCGCGAGAUAUUCCUGUCGCAGCCCAUACUCCUGGAGCUGGAGGCACCGCUGAAGAUCUGCGGCGACAUACACGGACAAUACUAUGACCUCUUGCGCCUGUUCGAAUACGGCGGCUUUCCGCCCGAGUCCAACUACCUGUUCCUGGGCGACUACGUCGAUCGUGGCAAGCAGUCCCUGGAGACGAUAUGCCUGCUGCUGGCCUACAAGAUCAAGUACGCGGAGAACUUCUUCUUGCUGCGCGGCAACCAUGAGUGCGCCAGCAUCAACCGCAUCUACGGGUUCUAUGACGAAUGCAAACGUCGCUACACCAUCAAGCUGUGGAAAACUUUCACGGACUGCUUCAACUGCCUGCCGGUGGCCGCCAUCGUGGAUGAGAAGAUCUUCUGUUGCCACGGCGGCCUGAGUCCAGAUCUGUCGUCCAUGGAGCAGAUACGGCGCAUCAUGCGUCCCACAGACGUGCCCGAUCAGGGACUGCUGUGCGAUCUGCUGUGGUCGGAUCCGGAUAAGGAUACCAUGGGCUGGGGCGAGAAUGAUCGCGGCGUGAGCUUCACAUUUGGAGCAGAGGUUGUGGGUAAAUUUUUACAGAAGCACGAAUUUGACCUGAUCUGUCGGGCUCAUCAGGUGGUGGAGGACGGUUAUGAGUUCUUUGCCAAACGUCAGCUAGUGACGCUCUUCUCGGCGCCCAACUACUGCGGGGAGUUCGACAACGCGGGUGCCAUGAUGUCCGUGGACGACACAUUGAUGUGCUCCUUCCAGAUAUUGAAACCCGCCGACAAGCGACGAUUUGUAUAUCCCAACUUUGGCAGCUCAGGACGUCCUUUGACACCGCCACGCGGAGCCAACAAUAAAAACAAGAAAAAAUAAACACUGCACACAGCGAACGAAGCACAACAACAACAGCAACUACAAACGGCCACACACCCAAAACACAAAUAGGGAAAACAGAAAGGAGAAUCCGUGUGUCCACAUUCAACGGAAAGCGCAGAGAGUUUGUUUUUAUCAUAAACGUGUAAUCGAAUCGUGAGCAACGUUAUAUGGGGUAUAUGAAUCUACACAAAUUAGCCUAUCUUUCAUUUGAAAAGGAAAAACAAAAACAAAAUCAAAUAAGGAAAACGAAACGAAUGAAAGGAAAUCAAGAAACCAGAAAACACAAAUCGAGACACUUUAGUUCAAACUAAUGGUAGUGUAAGACACUGCAUAAGCAAGAAUAUUUUAUCUCCUAAUGUAUUAAUUUUGUUAUAAUAUUUCCUUGCGCAAAGCCCACACACUCACACACACAUACACAUGCUCAGAUCAUCCGUACAGUAGGUACCAUAAGUGCACGCACCGAUUGUAUUUUAAUUUGCAUUUCCAACUCGCACAGCAUUUUAAUUGUGUAGGCCGAUCCUGGCGGCACUUUUGGCAAAGGUCUUUAACCACACUUCCGUUCUUCCUUGUUUUUUUGCGUAUCUAAAGGGAAUAUUAGCAAAUGGUAACAAUGUUAACUUUUAUGUUAAUUAAACUGUACGAGAAUGCUUUUAAAUGUGAGUUGAAGUUACUACAUAUUACAUAUGUAUGUACUCGCGGCACGAUUUAUUUUUGUAAUAUUUGACAUCGAUACAUGUUUACUUAGUUUUAAAACGAGGAAAGCAAUUUUAGUUGCAAGCUAUAUAAGCUUGAAUUGUUUACACCAAAAAUAUUAAAAUAAACAAAUAUUGUGAAUA